AUGUCAGCUCAAUUGACACCAUUAGCUUCACGUAAUAAUCAUCCUCAAAUCGUUCCAAAUGAAGAAGAAGACAUUUUAAACUUCUUAUUAGAAGUAAGAGCGGAGUUGGCGAAAUUGAAACAAAAUAGGACUCAAUUUUUAAAUGCUAAACAAGUUCAAAUUACUUAUCAAAGUGUCUUAACGAAAGUUCGAGAAUUAGAUGAAAUUAGAAAAAACUCUCUAACUACACCUGCAAAGACUGCCACUACUUUAAUUCACGAUAGUCAAUUACAUAAUAGAGUCGAUUCUGUUUUAGAUGAUGUUUUCCAAUUGUUAUCAUUAUGUUUCUUAACUGUGGGGAUGAAAAAUUCAGCUCCUGCUACAUAUUCAUCUUUAUCUACUGUUCAAUGUUUAUUAGAACAUUUGAAUGAAUCUAGAAUGUUUACUAUGCAUGAUUUAAGACCGAUUAAAGAAAGAUUGGAUGAAAUUCAAGAAAUUGUAGAAAAAAGUUCUUAUAGAAAUGAUGAAUUUAAUGAUUCUGCUUUGGUUGGCUUAAGUAAACAAGAGCAUGAAUUGAUUGAAAUUGAAAAUGAAAGAACAAGAAAUAGAAUUGAAGAAGAUUUGUUGGUCCGUGCUAAAUUGCAAUUCUGUAUUGAACAGUUUAAUCAAAUGGAAUCAAGAUUGGAAAAAAUUAAUCCAAAUUUAUCUUCCAUUGUGGAUAAAUUAUAUCAUAUAAGAAGAGGAUUAUUGUCUUUAGCUUCUCCUACAAAUGAUACACUUUCAAAAUCGGAUAAUAAUCACAUUGCUUCUACAAAUCAUAAUGUUUCUGAUAAAUCUCAUAAAGAAUUAGUCUUACUAAAGAUGAAAAAGCAAUUAGUUGAAAUUGAAAGUCAACGUGAUGAAAAUGGUUAUUAUAAAUCUUUAGAGACAAAUAAAGUCGAAAUGGAAGGUCAAGGUAUUGUAAACAAAUUAGUCGAUGAUUGUAAUGACUUAAUAAACGAUUUAUCUCAUACUCAAAAUGGUAAUAUCAUCACAGAUCCUUAUUUACAACAAAUUUACAAAAAUUUAAUCGAUAUUAAGACUAAUUUAGCUAACUUAAUGGUAACUAGAAGAUGGACUUUAAGAGAAACAGAUUUAUUUUCUUAUCAGAAGAAAUUAGCGGAAAUCGAUAGUUUAAGAGUUAAUGGGAAAUUCAAAUCUGCCACAAGUGAUGCAAAGGGUCAAUCAAUCAUUUUAUACCUACUAAGAAGAUGUUAUGCUAUCAUUUAUAAGUUAUUGGAAAGCUCGGAACCAAUCUCUGAAUCUUUACAAUCUAUCCACACUCAAUUAUCAACUGUCCGUCGUUGUCUAAUGACUUUGAAGAGAUUGGGUGGUGUUACAGAUAUUAAAGAAUUAUAUCCAUAUCAGAUGAAAUUAGCUUCUUUGGAUGAGCUUCGUAUUGAUGGGAAAUUUUAUGAUGCUAAUGGUGAUAUACCUGAAGGUCAAGGGAUUUUAAAUGCUAUGCUUGCUGAAUGUUUUGAUAUGGUUCAUGAGUUGAAGUGUGAUGCUGAAGCUUAUAGUAGUAGUGAAAAUGCCACUCCAAUCAAUACAGAUAAGGAAGAUAGUUCAUUGAAUUUGAAAUCUCUAAAUAUAAAUGAUAAGCUGGAUGGUUCAUUAAAUUCUGACGACGAGGGGAAAAAUGGAUUAUCUAAUAGGCCUCAGCAAUUUGCAAGAGAUUUGGGAGUUCAUAGUAUGAAUUCAGAUGAAGAAGAAGAUAAUGACCUAAACGAUGAAGAUAUGUAA